AUGGCUCCCUCUGCAUUGGAACGUGAGGAUAAGGCGCGUGAUGCCGCCUUCAACAAAGCUCUGCACGGCAAGUCUGCCAAGGCUCAGGGUGGCCUCGCUGCCAUGCGCGGAAAGGACGCCGCCGCCCAGAAGGCCGCCAUCGACGAGUACUUCAAGCACUGGGACAACCAAAAUGCCGCUGAUGAGACACCCGAGAUCCGUGAGGCCCGCAAGGCUGAAUAUGCUACCUUGACCCGACACUACUACAACCUGGCCACCGACUUCUACGAGUACGGAUGGGGUUCUUCCUUCCACUUCUGCCGCUUCGCCUACGGUGAGCCUUUCCACCAGGCCAUUGCCCGCCACGAGCACUACCUUGCCCUCCAGGCUGGUAUUACGGAGAAUAUGAAGGUUCUGGAUGUUGGCUGUGGUGUCGGUGGUCCUGCCCGCGAGAUGGUCAAGUUCACCGGUGCUCACGUCACCGGUCUGAACAACAACGACUACCAGAUCGACCGCGCUACCCACUACGCGCACAAGCAAGGUCUCUCGGACAAGAUGGCCUUCGUUAAGGGCGAUUUCAUGCAGAUGAGCUUCCCCGAUAACAGUUUUGAUGCCGUGUACGCUAUUGAAGCCACCGUUCACGCCCCCGAGCUGGUUGGUGUUUACAGCGAGAUUUUCCGUGUCCUAAAGCCCGGUGGUACCUUCGCUGUGUACGAGUGGCUUAUGACCGACGAUUAUAACAACGAUGAUGCCGAGCACCGUCGCAUCCGUCUCGGUAUUGAGCAGGGUGACGGUAUCUCUAACAUGGUCCGUAUCUCCGAGGGUCUCGAGGCUAUGAAGAACGCUGGAUUUGAGCUCAAGCACCACGAGGAUCUCGCUGCUCGCCCCGACCCUAUCCCCUGGUACUACCCGCUGGCGGGCUCCUUCAAGCACAUGGGUUCGCCCUGGGACUUCUUCACUAUUGCUCGCAUGACCUGGUGGGGCCGUGGCCUUGCCCACCGCUUCGUCGGUGCCGGCGAGUCCAUCGGUCUUUUCCCCAAGGGUUCCCAGAAGACCGCCGACAGCCUGGCCCUGGCUGCUGACUGUCUUGUCGAAGGUGCUCAGAAGAACCUCUUCACCCCCAUGUACCUCAUGGUCGGCAAGAAGCCCGAGUAA